UCUCACUGGGCUGUACUGCACUGUACUGUGCUUUUACCCUGAUCUCACUGGGUUUUACUGCACUGUACUGUUCUUUUACCCAGAUCUCACUGAGCUUUACUGCACUGUACUGUGCUCUUACCCUGGGCAGGGGUACCUGGGGGUGUGGCAGUGGCGUAGGGGGCAGGGUUUGAUUAAGGAAUACAACACGCUGGGUUUUUCCAGUUUGCCGCUGUCCUGUUUUCAGGGGCCGUCGCUCCGGUAGAACCUGUUGCUCCCGGCUACCAGGAAGCAGAAAGAGGGGGAGGGGCCGGGAGAGUGGUGGUGGGCGGGGCAGGGCGAGCAGCUACACGCCCCCUCCCCUGCCCCCCUGUCUCAGGUGAGGAGCAGGAUCCUGCGAGACGAGAAGGCUACGCUGCCAGUCCAGCUCCUCACCCGCCUGCGCAGGAGGAGACGCUCAAGAUUGGGGUCCCGCGCGGCUGUAGCUUCUGCCUCCAUCUCCCUCGUUUUUUUCAGUCGAGCUGUGGGAUCUCAGACCCCGGAAGAAAUCAGGAGAGGGAAGAGGAGAGUGGGAAGAGAGGGAUCUGAGUCAGGCGGGGGGGGGUUGGGGGGGAGAGAGAGACGCGAGGGGAUCUCUCCGAGUCAGAGCGGGUUCAGUGUGACAGAAGUGGCCACGAUGAAGCUGGGGGUGGGCAUUGUGAUGGCCUGCGCGCUGUCCUGCUGCAUCCUGCUGGGGACGCUGUAUUUCCGGCGCACGCAGGCCGGCGGGCUCCGCAGCAGGGUGCUGCAGCUGCAGGACGAGCUCCAGAUGAGCCAGGAGUUCUCCCAGGAGGUGCUGCGGGAGCUGAGCACGGCCACCGAGAGAAAGAACAGGAUGCAGAGGAGCCUGAAGGAGCUGGAGAGCCAGGUGUCCACCUGGGAGAAGGAGCUGGAGGAGAGACGCAGGCAGACAGGGACCUGCCAGCAGGAGCAGAAAGACGCAGACGAGCAGCUGAAGUCUUCAGAGAAGGAACUGCAAGACGCCAAGAGUGAGAGACUGCUCCUCUGUACCUCCAUGUAGACACAAAGCCCACACCC